GAGGCGCGCCUCUACCGGCAAUCGGUCGCAAUUUCGUCUACGACUUGAUCGAGCACACCAGAAAUUUUGUGAAGCAAAUUUGAGGAAAUCUCGAUAUUGUAAAGAUGAUUGGAAAGAGCCAAUUGUUCGCCAGGAAGGCCAUCACCCAAUUCGUGAGGAACAGCGGACACGGAGGUGUCCCCGGCGAAAAUUUGCCAUUCCAAAUCACCAACAGGUACCGCCUGACCGCUGUUAUGGCUGCCUUCUUUGGAUUGGGAUUCAGUGCUCCAUUCCUUGUAGUCAGGUUGCAAUACGCCAAGAAGUAAAUUUUUGAACUUGUAUCAAUAGUGAAUGGCUAGUGCUAUUAAAUUAAUUAAUUUUUAUUGUAAAUAAAAAUGGAAUGCAUCAAUAAAAUCAUUCUCUGAAACUUA